AUGUAUGCUUUGGUAUCCAGAUCAGACAGGACUACCGAAUCGCAACAUCCGCAGCUGGGCCGUGUGAUGGCGCUCGACCACGGGGAGACGAUCGCGUACCGGGGGAUCAAGUACGCAGAGCUGCAGCACGCUUUCGCGGAGCCCGUCUUGUUCGCCCACCCAUCGCUCUCCAAAGUGCUCGACGCGACUUCUUACGGACCGCAGUGUGUCCAGGGCUCGGCAACGUGCGAUGCUGAAUUCGCUUUCAUCCAACACGAGUUGCCGCGCGGGGAGUUCAAGACGUCGCUGACGGAAUGCCUCAAUCUCAAUAUCACCACGCCGAAAGGUGGGAGGGAGGGGUUGCAGCCCCUCCCGGUCUUCGUCUUCAUACACGGCGGCGGAUUCAGCUUGGGGGGGAAUGCGUGGCCCCAGUAUGAUCCUGCGCGCCUCGUGGAGCUCUCGAUCAGAGAAGGUAGUCCUGUGAUUGGAAUCAACAUCAAUUACCGCCUAGGCCUGCCCGGCUUCCUCGCUUCGCAGGGUCUGAUCGAUGCGGGUGCCCGAGCGAACAACGGCCUGCGCGACCAGCGGGUGGCAUUGUUGUGGAUUAGGAAGUAUGUUGGAGGCUUUGGGGGUGAUCCCGAGAAUGUGACCGUCGUUGGAGAGAGCGCUGGAUCCGUUGCUGCAUUUCUUCAUCUCGAGUCCACACAACCGCUAUUCAAGAGGAUCCUCGCCAUGGGAGGGUCGCCGCUGCUUCUAAAGCCCCUUACGAUGGCUGCUGCAAGCGGGAUCCAUAACGUCGUGAUGGAAAGGUUGGGCUUUGCGCAGAUGCAAACAGCAGACGAGAAAGUCAGGGCGCUGAAAGAAGCAAGUGCCGACCAACUUGUUGCUGCCGCAGAGGGCCUGCCUAUGCUGCCCGUCGUCGAUGGCGAGUAUGUCAAGUCCGAAUCUACCUUUACGCAGUGGUCGUUCCAAGAGAGCGCCUUGCCGGGCACGCAAUGGUGUGAAAGCGUCAUGAUUGGGGAUUGCGAAAUGGACUCCAGUAUCCUGUUCUACAUGCUGCAUGACCGACAAGCGAGGCUAGAAGAGACUUUCCUCGCAUGCGUCAAUGAUUCCCUGCAUGAGAAUCCCGUAGCUAAGCAGCAGCUACUGGAAGCGUACCACAUCGGCAGCGGCAGCGGCAACGAUGCCCAAAAUCAAGCGGUCGCCACGGACAACAUCUUGCACUUCGCGCAAGACAUCGGCUUCUACGCGCCUCUGGUCACCAUCGCGUCCGGCUUCCCGGGGAAGCGCUUCGUGUUCCACUUCAACGAGCCGAAUCCCUGGGACGGCCGGUACCAGGGCGUCGCGAGCCACCUCCUGGACGCCGCGUUCCUGUACCAGAACUUCAACGAGUUUCUGGACGAGGCGCAACGGGGCUCGGCCGAGGCCUUCGGGAAGCACUUCGUGGCCUACGUGGCUGGUAGAGAGCCGUUCCCGCAGUUCGCGCCUGGGGAGCGGGGGGCUAUGGUGUAUGGCGCGGGAGGAGACGACAGGCAGACGUUCGUGAGAAGUAGGAGGUGUGAGGAUGUUGGGAGGAGAAGUACUAUUUUCAGAUUGGCCCAGUCUUCAAGCCUGGAAGAGCUGUCUGCGUUGUGGGGAUGUUUCUUGAGUCGUGUUGAGUAG